AGGAAAAAGCUGCGUUUCGGAGAGAGAAUCAGAGACGGGGAGAGAGAGAGAGAGAGCGAGAGCGAGAGAGGGAGUGAGAGUCUGACUGAACAUCCCUCAGGAUGAAGAAAAGCAGGAGUGCUCAGGGGGUUACACCAGGUGAUGAGAAUAAGGAGCCUCCUGUGGGACAAUAUACCACGGGAAGCACGCUCGGGGUAGAGGUGUGCAAAGUCCACAGACGGUUUUCUGGCAACCUGCAGCUGCCUCCGUUGUCAUGGCGACAGGCAGAAAACGAGAGGGACAGAGGCAGGUCGCCGACACCUGACGAAGAUCCAGUGACCCGGAUGAGACCCACAAGUCUGCCCUUCGCUUGUCUGCCCCGCAUCGACAUCACACAGGCCGACCCCGACAGCUUUGAAGGAGAAAAUGGAGCGUCUUUGUGCUGCAGCCCUUCAGACCUGCAGGCCUCGCCGGGUUCAGGUCUGGUUCUACAUCCCAACCUGGCGAGCCACGGCCAGCGCCGGGAGUCCUUCCUCUACCGCUCCGACAGCGACUACGAACUAUCGCCAAAGUCCUUAUCCCGAAACUCUUCCAUUGUUGGAGAACUGCAUGGAGAAGACUUGAUUGUGACUCCUUUUGCUCAGGUUCUGGCGAGCCUUCGGACUGUCAGAAACAAUUUCACCACCUUGACUAAUGUACAAUGUGCAUCCAAUAAAAGGUCUCCAGCUGCCAAUCAGCCUUCUCUCACCAAAGUCUGCCUGUCAGAUGAGUCCUAUCAGAAGCUGGCUAUGGAGACCAUGGAGGAGCUGGACUGGUGUCUGGACCAGUUGGAGACCAUCCAGACCUACCGCUCUGUCAGCGACAUGGCCUCCAAUAAGUUCAAGAGGAUGCUGAACCGGGAGCUAAGCCACCUGUCUGAGAUGAGUCGCUCAGGCAACCAAGUGUCAGAAUACAUCUCCAACACCUUCCUCGACAAGCAGAAUGAGUUGGAGCUUCCAUGUCCAGUUCCCAAGUCGAGGGAGAGGAAGAGGAGGCAGGGUCAUCAGCAGCAGCAGCAGCAGCAGCAGGGCGGGAUGAUGACUCAGAUCAGUGGCGUGAGGAAGGUCAGCCACACGCCCAGCAUCUCUGGAAGCAGCAGCAAUCGUUUCGGGGUCAAGACGGACCAGGAGGAGCUGCUGUCGAAGGACCUGGAGGACAUCAACAAAUGGGGCUUGAAUAUCUUCAAAGUGGCCGAGCACUCGCACAACAGACCGCUCACAUGCAUCAUGUACACCAUCUUUCAGGAGCGAGACCUGAUGAGGACGUUCAAGAUUCCAACGGACACCUUCGUGACGUUCAUGGUGACCCUGGAGAGCCACUACCACUCCAACGUGGCGUACCACAACAGCCUGCACGCCGCCGACGUAGCCCAGUCCACACAUAUCCUCCUGUCCACCCCCGCACUGGAUGCGGUCUUCACAGAUCUGGAGAUCUUGGCAGCCAUCUUCGCUGCAGCCAUUCAUGACGUGGACCACCCAGGAGUGUCCAACCAGUUCCUCAUCAACACCAACUCUGAGCUGGCUCUGAUGUACAACGAUGAGUCAGUGCUGGAGAACCACCACCUGGCCGUGGGCUUCAAGCUGCUGCAGGAAGACAACUGCGACAUCUUCCAAAACCUCACCAAGAAGCAGAGGCAGACGCUCCGGAGGAUGGUCAUCGACAUGGUCCUGGCGACUGACAUGUCUAAACACAUGAGCCUGCUGGCUAAUCUGAAGACAAUGGUGGAAACCAAGAAAGUCACUAGCUCUGGUGUUCUGCUGCUGGACAACUACACAGACAGGAUGCAGGUUUUGCGUAACAUGGUUCACUGUGCAGACCUGAGCAACCCGACCAAACCUCUGGAUCUGUACCGGCAGUGGACGGACAGGAUCAUGGACGAGUUCUUCCACCAGGGAGACAAAGAGAGAGAGAAGGGGAUGGAGAUCAGCCCCAUGUGUGACAAACACACAGCUUCAGUAGAGAGGACACAGGUUGGCUUCAUUGAUUACAUCGUGCACCCUCUGUGGGAGACGUGGGCCGACCUGGUCCACCCUGACGCCCAGGACAUCCUGGACACGCUGGAGGACAACAGGAACUGGUACCAGAGCAUGAUCCCUCAGAGCCCCUCCCCUCCCUUCUACACCAGCGACGGGGAGGGCGGCCCACACGGCGAGGUGGAGGGCGGCCCCGUGGCCAGUAAAUUCCAGUUUGAGCUGACGCUGGACGACCAGGACGGACAAAGUGGCGACGGGGAGAUCGGCGGCAUGAUGGAGACAGCGGACGGUUUAAUACUCCGAGAUGAGACUUGUGACCUGGACGGGGUGGAAAUGAUCUCCCCGGCAGAAACAUAGCUGGACUGAUGGUGUUCUUAGCAAGUUUUGCUGUUUUGGCUGAAUCCAUUUAAUUGCAGUAGAGCAAUCCUGCAAUCUGGCUCUGCGGAGCUGCCUGGCAAAGAGGGCCUGACUAAAUGUGGGGCACCCCUGCAAACAAGCUAGGAAACCCUGUGGCAGUUUGUUUUUGAGCCCCCUAGAAGGGAGCUGGAAGAGGUCUGCUCUUUAAAGAAGGGACAACUGUCGGACUGCAGAGGCAGGGCUGAAUCUCACAGACAAAGAAGGUGAAGUGGACGAUAUGAACUGGGACUAGUAAAAAUUCCAAACUUGCACUUCAGGACGUUUUUAAUGUUCAUUUUCUUUGUAUCGUGUCGGGAUUGGAUGCAACCUGGUUAAGUGUCCAACUCGGAACUACUGGUCAGCAAGUUAUUUGUACCCAAGAAGUUUUUUUUCUAACACUUGUCUAAAAGAAAAAAAAGUUGUGUGCCUUUUUUUAACAACCGUGUCUUUUUGUAAGUGUUUUUAUAAUUUAUUGAACACAUUCAUGUAGCUGUAAAAUGUGUCAAAUUUUCUACAAAGAGGACACAUUUGUCUCACGCAGUCUUCCUAAUGUUCUGGCAAUAGUAUAUAAGCUUGUUCUCACAAAAGUGGAUGUAUUUUACGAAAAUCAGACAACUUCCCAGCACAAUUUGCACUUUGUGGCAUAGGACAAAGAGAGCGUGAAAGAAAGCAUCAGUAAUUUACAUGAAAAACCAAAAUAAUUAGAUUUAUUCAACUUUUUUUUCCUCUCUCUCUCUAAUAAUUCAUUUCACAAGCGAUUAAGUAACACAUAGAAUGAAUUCCUUGAAAGCAGAAAAACAUUUUGUAUUUUUGACUCCAAAAACAUUUAAAAAUAUAUAUUUAAAGCGAUCCAAAGAUGAAAAGAAAGCACUUUGAUGAUUUCACUGCCACCUCUGAAGAGUGCGAUCCCAUGCUUGAGUCACUACUGUAACAAAUUAAAAUUUCCGACCAGAUGUCAAACUGAUCCCUGACAUCGUCACGUAGCUAUGUAGGGUUAAUUAUGAAAGCUAAUUAUUAAGUUCCACAGAAAAAUAUCCUAAAAUUCUAAAGAAAUCUCACCUUGUUUUUAUGCUGAGCUCGUAUUGGAAAUCUGUUUCCACCUCGUAAUUCCAGUUUCGUUCGCUCACACACACCUGUUUUGUUUAGCAGCAUUCUCGUGAAUAGGCUUUCCACCGUGACUCAUUCUGAACUUUGAAUGACUGUAAGACUGUGUGCACAUUUAAAAAAAAACACCUGUUAGUAAUAGAAUAAUUGUAUCUUGUAGUUUUUAAUCCAGCACUUUGAAUAUGUCGACAUUUCUGCAGCUGGUUGCUGAUCUGUCCAACACUACCUUAAAGGUACCACAUCGUAAGGUGCAACCUUCAGAAUAGGGGGGGGGGUCUCCUGUGUGUGUGUGUGUGUGUGUGUGUGUGUGUGUGUGUGUGUGUGUGUGUGUGUGUGCAUGUGAGUGUGUAUGUAAGUGGUCACAGAGUUGCACAAUGUUGUUGCACCCAGCUGUGUUGUGCCGACCCUUCAGCUGUUUGUAACAGUAUAUUUAUUAUCUUCCUCCUUGUAUAUGAUAAUAUUGAUAUUGAUUGUUAAUAUUCCCUGUAUAUUUGUUAUUAUUUAUAUGCACUACCACGUGUCAAAUCACAGUUUGACUGAACUUGUCUGGUGGUUCUGUUUUAUUGUAUUUAGCAAGCUGUUUUUGCUAUAAGACCGUAACAUGAAGUUAUGCAGCUCAAUUUUGACAAUUUUGAAAUGUUUGUUUCGGAAACUUUCAGCCAGAAACGUUUGUACAGUGUGAACCAACAACACCUCAUGUGAGGUGCAGAAGAAGCUUUUGUUUUUUGUCUCUUGUUCCUGGCGGAAUAUGAAGGCUGGAUAUUUACUGCAGUAUGUUGUGUACGGUGACGGGUCAUUGUACAGCUCUAGGAAUACUUGCUGAAAUAUAUAACAUUGUUUCAAAUAUAUUUUUUCAGUGUUUUUCCUCACAAUAUAUGGUAAAAUGGUGUAUGUUGUGCUCAACAAAUGUUUUCUAUCAGAUUAUUAAAAUGGGCAUGUAUUACAGAA